CGUGAGGGAGCAGAGUGGCGACGAGAAGUGGCGUGGGACGGAGACAGGGAAGAGGAGUUGUUAUCGAAGAAACACGGACAGGCUCAGGGGGGCGUGUGAGUGGUUUUGCGUGGGGAGUCCCAUAAAUAAAUAAUAAUAAAAAAAACAAACAAACUCAGGAGCACAACACGGCGUGAAUGAAACAGGCAAGCUGGCGGAAUUCAACAUGGCAUCGGGAGAUACGCUGUACAUCGAGACAGACGGCUCGGAGAUGCCGGCCGAGAUCGUGGAGCUGCACGAGAUAGAGGUGGAAACGAUCCCGGUGGAGACCAUCGAGACCACGGUGGUCGGCGACGAAGACGACGACGAAGACGACGAUGAUGAUGAUGAUGAUGAUGACGACGACGGGCAGCCCAUGAUCGCGCUCCAGCCGCUGGUGACAGACGACCCCAGCUCGAUCCAGCACCACCAGGAGGUGAUCCUGGUCCAGACCCGGGAGGAGGUGGUCGGAGGGGACGACUCGGACCUGCACGGGGACGGCGGCAGCGGAGGCUUCGAGGACCAGAUACUGAUCCCGGUGCCUGCUCCCGGGGUGGAGGACGAGUACAUCGAGCAGACUCUGGUGACUGUGGCCGGGAAGAGCUCGGUGGGUCGUGUGAGGCGAGGAGGCAGCGGCGGAGGGAAAAAAUCGGGCAAAAAGAGCUAUUUAAGCGGCACCGAGGCCGGCGGGAGAAAAUGGGAGCAAAAGCAGGUGCAGAUAAAGACUCUGGAAGGGGAAUUUUCGGUCACAAUGUGGGCUUCGGAUGAUAAUAAAGACAUUGACCAUGAGUCGGUGGUGGAAGAGCAGAUCGUGGGGGACAACUCUCCACCGGAUUAUUCCGAAUACAUGACAGGGAAGAAACUGCCCCCUGGUGGAAUCCCAGGCAUCGACCUCUCAGAUCCCAAACAGCUGGCAGAGUUUGCCAGAAUGAAGCCCAGGAAGGUCAAAGAGGACGAUGCACCCAGGACGAUAGCUUGUCCUCAUAAAGGCUGCACAAAGAUGUUCAGGGAUAAUUCAGCCAUGAGAAAGCACCUUCACACCCACGGGCCACGUGUGCACGUCUGCGCCGAGUGUGGCAAGGCCUUUGUGGAGAGCUCUAAACUCAAACGUCACCAGCUUGUUCACACAGGAGAGAAACCCUUCCAGUGUACCUUUGAGGGCUGCGGGAAAAGGUUUUCUCUGGACUUCAAUCUGCGCACACACGUGCGGAUCCACACUGGAGACCGGCCCUACGUCUGCCCUUUCGACGGCUGCAAUAAGAAGUUCGCUCAGUCAACCAACCUAAAAUCUCACAUUCUCACACACGCCAAAGCCAAAAACAACCAAUGAGACGCCAUCCUCGCAGAAGAAGAAACUUCCCAGCAGCACACGGGACACGUCUUUUGAAGGUGGAUUCAAAAGCUUGAGACUUCUUGAUUUCUCUAACUUUAUGACAGAUCAAAGGACUUGGAUUAGCAGUGACAUUGAGCUGAUUUUCUUGCCUCUCCCUCUUCUGCUGCCACAUUGGACAAAGAACACAGUGCUGCGUUCCCAAAGUCUGGUCUCCACAGUCCCUGUCUUUCUCCAGUGGCACUCUGUUGCCAGAAGAUGGAACCAGUGGACAAACAUCAGAGACUUAUUUUUACCACAAACGGAUGCGGUGGUUAUUGGUAUUUUUAUUUUGUUGCAUAGUUUUUAUUUUCAACAAGUGUGCAUAUUGUAUACUUGACUCAGGCUACAUAUGGUGAAAAGUUUUUUUUUUUUUUUUGUCCUGAUUGAGGCCACAUUCAUCACAAACAGCACUGGCCUUUGUGUGUUACACACAAAAGCUUAAAAGUUUGUACGGUUGCAUUUUCUUGCCUUUUACGGGGAUGGGGGUGGUGUAUUUUUCUCUAACCAUAAAAUAAUCGUGUAUACUUGUAUGGCUGUACUGAAUUGCAUAGGCAUAUAGAGGUGUGAUUUAAAUUGUUAAGCGAUGAAACUUUGUCACAAUUGCUUCGUUUUCUGUAAACUGUCCUUACACAGACAAAUGAGUAAUAUAGUCAGAGCUCGUCUCAAUAACUAGCCAAAAUCGACGUUGAAUGGACUGAAAGACCAUCACUUAUUUUCUGUUAGAAUGUAUUGUGCAGAUGUCAGACUUUAACUUACUUUAUUCAUAUUAACAACCAUGUAUCCCAGCUUCCCACAAUAAAACAGGUCGUUCCAACCCUG